AUGGAUAAAAACCCCAGAGUCUGUGCCAUCUGCAACCGAAGAUUCGCCAAUGGCAAAGCCAUGGGUGGUCACAUGAGAUCUCAUUUACUUAAACUCAAAUUCGCCCUUCACUCGUCUGCUUCUUCUUCUUCCUCCAAUCCACCUCCUUCUUCGCUUACCAAACGUCAACUCCCCACCGAGUCCGACUCACCGAACAAUCCUCUUGGUAGAAGAUCUAAACGUCUUCGUAAGUUGGGGUUGAACUCACCGUCUAACUCGCUGGCUUCACCUUUAUCCGCCGAAGAUGCCGCCAUGUGUCUUCUAAUGCUUUCGAGGGAUCAUCAUCAGAAAAACAAGAAGAAAACUCAAACUGAAGAAUACAUGGAUUAUGAUGAAUCCUUGGUGGUGGAGGAGGAUGACAAUGGCGGCGGUGAAGAUAUCGACGAUGAAUUCUGUAGCAAAGCUAACCCAAAGUACUACAAGUGCGAGACAUGCAAUAAGAGUUUCAGAUCUCACCAAGCUCUAGGUGGGCAUCGAGCUAGUCACAGUCACAAAAACAAGCAGAUUAUCAAAGAAGACGCUGAUGAAGAAGAUGAAGAUUCCGGCGAUGAUCAUCAGAUUCAUCAACAAAGAAUCUUCGAGUGCCCGUUCUGCGACAAGGUGUUCCAUUCAGGUCAAGCUCUUGGUGGCCACAAGAAAAUCCAUUUCGCUUACUUACCCGUCGCUCAUCAAGAUAAGGCUUCUCUUACGUCCUCUUCUACUCUUCAAUCGUUCGAUCUUAAUUUACCAGCUUCAACAGAUGCUGAUGAAGAAGAAGAAGUUAGCCUGGUUCAGAAUUCGAGGCCGUCGAUCUAUGGACAAUCCGUGUGA